CCUGAGUGAUAAAAAAAAUAUACCUUAUAUAGAUCUGUACUUUUGAAAUGAGUUGAGGUGGGACAACAGCUUCUAACCUGUAAACUCAACAGGUAAAAAAAAAUUGCAAAGUUUGAUUAUUUCUGCAGACUCUGGUAAAAGUAAUGGAACAAGAAAAGGAACACAGAAGAAGAAAGCUCAUGAACUCGACAAUGGAUUAGUUCCCCUGCCAGCCAAACUCUGUUUUCAGUGCAACAAAAGCUGUCGUAUAGGUCCUCUAAUACCCUGUGAUUACUGCCAGUUGUUCUUCCAUCUUGACUGUUUAGAUCCCCCACUCACCACUCCACCCAUGGGAAAAUGGAUGUGUCCAAAUCACCCAGAACAUUUUGUGGACUCUACACUUUUGACAUCUCACAGUCUUAGUGAAAGAGUAAAAUUAUGGGACAAAUUCAGCGUACCAAUAGACCAGGAUUCUGUUCGAGUGAACUUUCUACAGCGCUGCCACAGGAAAAACCCUCCCUUUCGGUACAAAGUUAAACGUGCCCUAAGGUCAAGAAUACGAGUGCCACUAGCAGUGAAAGAGCAAUACUCAGAACCACCAGAUUUGCUUCUCCACCAUGGUCCACCCCAACAUCUUCUUCCUUCUGUUACUGAGCAUGAGACAGAGGCUUCCACUGCUACUACUGUACCUACCACCACUGCCAAUAGAAUAGCUACCACUUCAGUAACAUCAUGUGGUACGACUGUAUCACCUUGGUUAUAUCAACAAAACUGGCGAGGAGUUGAAGUGAAGGAAGAGCCCGUUGAAAAUUCAGAAAUACUUCAGGAUAGGCAGGAGGGAUCACAAAAAGAUGCUAGAGUUGAAGACAAGAGAAAUGAAACAGAAAGAAAAAAGCCAACAAAAGAGGAAAUGGAUGAGUGGUUGGCAGGACUGUUAUGUUUACAAGCUAGCAUUAUUAAACAUAUGGCAAAUAAUACUGCAAGUGGCCUAAAUAAAACACCAGAAAAACAGAGAGCAAUGAAUGGGCCUACUUGUAUAGGCAGCACUCUGGAUGCCUCUCCACCUUUAGAACGACCAGGAUGUAUGAAUGGAGACUUAACUUCUCAUGACAUCAGCAGUAAACAUAGUAGAUUUGCAGACCCACGAAGACACCAACCAAUUAUGAACAGUAAUUUUCAGCCUCCGCCAACAUAUCUACCAGCUAAAAAGGGCAUAUUAAAAAACCAAAAAGGAAAGUAAGUAUUGCUUGUUUGUCAUUUACAGUACUAUUUUGG